ACUUAAUCAAUUUCCAACCUGAUCACUGAUCAAACCCUUUAAAGCAAUAAUCUUCAUAUAAUUUUUAUCAAUUAUACGUUCUUAGCUUUACAAGUGCACCUUUCAGUAUUUUGUUUAUUCCAAUUAGUUUGCAUUUCUGUGCUGAUUUUAUACUGUUUACAAAUACUUCACUAUAUUGUGUUGAUUGAUUUUCUUGUUAUACUUUGUUGAAUUUGGUCAGUGAUCAUCUUUUUGUGCAAUCAACAUGGGACUCUUUAGCAGCUGUUGGAGUCUAACCAUAAGACUACUUAUAACUGCAAGCAUAUUACUUGUAAUACUGCCUAAUCUACCAGAUAAUCUAUUCCCUUCAUUCCCAUUGGAUCCUGUUUCUUAUGAUAUGCCAAAAAUUGAUAAUUUUUUUACAAAAGUCAAGUGGAAUUCAUUGAUUAGCGAUAAAGCCGUCCCUAUAUUAAAAUCGAAAAUAAUUGGACCCGAAGCAUUAGCUGUCAAAGGAAACAAAAUUUAUACAGGUUUAGGUGAUGGUCGACUCGUUGUUAUUGAUAAAGAAAGUCUCAAUAUAAAAACAAUAGCUAAUUUAGCUGAUCCAAAUGCAAUAGGCUGUGGAGAUAAUAUCAUUAAGAAUACUUCUACAUGUGGCCGUGUCUUAGGAUUACGAUUCGGUGAUGACAGUAAAUUAUAUUUUGUUGAUGGAGCCAAAGGUCUUUACUCGUAUGAUCUUGAAAUCAACAAGCUCAGUCACAUUGCUCUUGGAAGCUCGACUCCAUGGAAAGGAAUUUAUAAUAGUUUAGUUUUUGAUCCAAAAGAUAAUGAUCUGGUUUACAUAUCUGUUUCAAGCAACCGUUGGACAUUGGAUGGAAUUUUAUGGUCUUACUUAGAGAUGAGACCUGAUGGCUUUGUUUUAGCAGUUAAUAUAAAAACGGGAAGCGUCCACAAAAUUUUGGAAGGACAUAUAUUUUACAAUGGAUUAGAUAUUAGUCCGGAUAAAAGUUCACUUCUUGUAUCAGUUACCGGCGAAUAUAAAAUUCUCAAAGUGGAUCUUGACAUCAUCAAAGAAUCGAUUCAAACGGACAAGCCUGUCACUAGUGUUCAAGUUCUCGUUGAUGGUUUACCUGGAGCUCCCGACAAUAUUCACGUAUUUGCUAAUGAAUUGUAUAUUGCUAUGCCAGCAUUACGAUUGAACUCAACUUUACUAGACAAUCUAUCCAGUUUGCCAAACGUAAGGAAGGCCGUUGGACGUCUAGCAAAUCUUCUUAGUCGAUUGCUUAUCUUAAUUUCCGAGAAAGUUUAUUCGCAUCCUAAAUUGCAAUAUUUAAGUGUAGAACUGCUUAGUGGUCAUGUUUUAACUUAUGCUAUGCCAAAAGCAUCAGGUGUCUUGAUUGUUGACGCUAAUACUGGCAAACUCAAAAGAAUACUCGGUUCAGUUUAUCCAUUGAUUGCAGAUGCAACACUAGAUACCAAUUCAGGCGAUCUUUACUUAGGUUCAUUUAAAAACGAUUAUCUCCUCAAGAUCAAAGCCAAAGAUCUAAAAUAAUUGCAUUAUAAUCAAAAAGUUAGGUCUAUUGUGUCUAACUCUUUGUGAAGACGAAAAAAUAAUAACUUCUUUUUAACAUUCCAGAAA